UCUUAACUUUCACUUCUCUCCUGGCUCACCAGUGAGGAAAUCCUCACGAUACUUACUGUGGCCUCCAGUCUCUCCUCUCAACACAGUCGGGGUCUCUUGAUUGUCAUGUGAAGAUGUGAGACCAAUUUUAGAGGGCAGAGUUUGGAGGAAUUUCAAAGAAAACAUUCUUCCUUCUGGGAGAUCCUCCCUUGAUUUCUGCACAGAAUUCCUGCUGAUUUUCCCAUCAUUUCAGUACCACUUUGUAUCAUCCCCAAUAACACAAGUACCUGAACAGAAAUUUCAGUAGUCAGGACAGACAGACCCAGGGUCACAGCAACAAUGGCCUCAUCAGUCCUUGUGAAGAUCAAGGAGGAGGUGACCUGUCCUAUCUGCCUGGAGCUCCUGAGGGAACCUGUGAGUACAGAUUGUGACCACAGCUUCUGCCGAGCCUGCAUCACACUGAACUACCAGUCCAGCAAAGGCAAAGAAGAGGAGGGCAUCUGCCCUGUGUGCCAAGUUACUUACCUGUUUGGGAAUCUGAGACCUAAUCGACAAGUGGCUAACAUAGUGGAGAGAAUAACAGAGUUCAAGUCCAGCCCAGAGGAGGAGCAGAAGGUCAAUGUCUGUGCACAACAUGGAGAGAAACUCCAGCUCUUCUGUGAGAAGGACAUGGUGACCAUCUGCUGGCUUUGUCAGAGAUCUCAGGAUCACCGUGGUCACCAAACAGCUCUCAUUGAAGAGGUGUCCCAUAAGUACAAGGAGAAGCUGCAAAUAGCUCUGCAAUUACAGAUGGCAAAUGAGAAAAGCUGUGAUGAACGGAAAAAGUAUCUUCAAAAGGAGAGAAAUUACUGGGAGAACCAAAUACAGAGUGAUGUAGAAAAUGUUCAGAUGGAGUUUAAAGGACUUCGGGAAUUCUUGGACUCCAAAAAGAAGAGUGAGCUGCAGAAGCUGAUGAAAGAGAAGGAAGACGUUAUGAACAGCCUGGCAGAGUCUCAAAAUGAGCUGGAGAAGCAGAGAGAGGCAGUGAGAGACCUCAUCUCAGAUAUGGAGCAUCAGUUGGACUGCUCAACCUUGGAAAUGCUGCAGGGUGUGAAUUCUGUCCUAACAAGGAGUCAGACCUUAAGAGUGAAACUACCCAAAAUAAUCCCAAGAAAACAGAGAAGCAUCUUCCGAGCUCCAGAUAUGAAAGGCAUGCUGCAAGUGUUUCAAGGUCUCAUGGAUGCCCAACGCUACUGGGUUCAUGUGUUCCUGUGUCAAGUGCACAAUAAAAACAUUGUCAUUACCGUGGACAAAAGACAAAUACAACAUCAAAAUGAUUAUAGAAGAAAUUUGCAAGUUUCUGAGACCUAUGAUUUAGGUGUCCUUGGAUAUCCAGCUAUCCACUCAGGGAAGCAUUACUGGGAAGUAGAUGUGUCUAAAAGUGAUGCCUGGAUCCUGGGAUUAAAUGAUGGAAGAUGUGCUCAACCCAAACUUCAUUCAAUGAAUAAAAAGGGCAUCAAACAGAAUUUUGAAGUUAAACAGCAUACAAAUUAUCAACCUAAAUUUGCUAUUGGCUUUGGAUGCAAAUUAUAUUUUGAUGAUAAACAAUUUGGUUAUCUCCCUAAAUAUGAAGCUAAUGAUGAUUCUGAUGUUAAGCAGCAUAUAAAUUAUCAGCCUAAACAUGGCUACUGGGUUAUAGGGAUGACAAAUAGGUCUGUAUAUAAUGCCUUUGUAGAGUGUUCUGUCACCCACAACGCCAGUGUCUUGAUCCUCUCUCUGACUCAUCCUCCCAGUCGUGUUGGAGUUUUCCUGGACAGAGAAGCUUGCACUCUCUCAUUUUAUGAUGUCUCCAACCAUGGAGCUCUCAUCUAUAAAUUCUAUGAACCAUCCUUCCCUAAUGCAGUUUAUCCAUAUUUUAAUCCUAUGGAAUCAUCACAGCCAAUGACAGUCUGUGGGCCACCAUCCUAAACCCUCACCCAAGUCUGCACAGUGCCCUGAUGUUUGAUGGAUCACAUAAGCCAGUUACAAAUAAACUAGCCUGUUUCCUCCAAGAAGCAAGCUGCCUAGUGGCAAACUUCCUAGCUGUUUUUUAUUAAUACAUAUUCCCAGCCAUCCUACAUCCUAGCCUCUGUUCUUCCCUGGUUCCUAAGACCACCCAUGCACUCUGGAGUCUUAGGGCCACAGGACAGAUAUCAAACAGGUUUCACAUUUAUUUUUGAGAGGGUGAGUAUUGUGGUACUAUUUAGUUCUUAUCAACUAUGUUAAAUCCUAUGAUUUUCCAUUUAUAGUGGAUAAUAGUAAUGACAAUGAUACCAAUAAAUUUACCUUGUGCUGUAUUGUAAAAUGUAAACUAUAGGAUGUUUCUAGGAACUUAUGGCAUGUAAGUGUUAUCCACCAUGGUGUCUAUUUUUUCUCCUUGUAGCUGUGACUGUAAUAAAGGAUUAUUGAGAUUGAGUACCACA